AUGGGCUUUAACAUGUUGCCUAUCUCACAGGAUGUCACUUCAAGUUAUCUAUGGAUUCCAUCUUGCUUAGGCCGCUUCACAACCAACUCGGCAUAUUUGGCAAUUCUACAUAAUGAUUUCACUGGUAAAGCCAUUCUUUCCCCAUCUCCUUUCUGGAAAGAUAUCUGGAAAUUACAGCUCACUGAUCGCCUUCGGCUUUUUUUGUGGAAAAUAGCUUGGGAUAUUCUCCCCACUACAGUGCGAUUACAAUCUAUUAUUCCGGAUUAUCGCCCUGGUUUUCUUUGCCCACUUUGUAAGUCGGGCCCAGACUCUCUCAGGCAUCUUUUUUUUCAUUGUCAUUUUGCAAGGGUUGUUUGGCGUCUUUCACCUUGGCCGCUUGAUUCUACAACAUUGGAUUCAUCCAAUUUACGGGAUUGGAUCCAAAUUAUCCUAACCCCUGGGGCAACUCUGAAUAUUCCGAUUGUAGAUCACCAUCGCUUUCAGGUUUUUGCAACUGUUGCGUGUGACCUGCUUUGGUUUCAUCAUAACAAAGCUCUCCACGAUAAGAACUUCUUUGAUGCUCGUACCGUUGCAAAUCUCAUUACCUCUACUUUUCACCAACAUUGCGAUGCUUGGUUGCACCAGAUUGAUCCCGUUCCAGAAAAAUGGAUCCGGCCCCCAUUACAUUGGUUUAAGAUUAAUUUUGAUACUGCAAUUCGCGACUCAUUCUCAAGCCAAGCUGCUAUUUGUAGAAACCAUAAUGGGCACUUGAUCAAGUUCGCUUCCCAAAUUCAGUCCAAAUGCUCCCCUAAUAAAGGUGAGGCUUUAGCUGCUCAACUUGCCGUCUCUUUGGCAUCCUCACUCCACCUCAACAGGUUUAUCCUCGAAGGUGAUUCUCAAGUCGUUAUCCUUACUCUUCAAGAUCCAACAAUUGUUCAGGAUUGGCGUAUCGCUGACAUCAUUACCCAUACAUUAGACUGUAUUUCUCCUGGCACUACAUGGUCAUCGCGGAAAGUCAAUAAAAGUACAAAGUUCGGUGCUCAUUAUGUGGCACAUUGGGCCGCAGCUAGAUUUAAUUCUAGCUGCAUUACCACCUCCUCUGGUUUUCAUCUACCUCAUGUUCCUUUUGUCAGUGGCACUGAUCCUACGAGCACUGUUGCUCUCCUUUUAAAUCCUUAG